AGAAGCUCCGCUCGCGGAAAGGUAAACUGAGCUCCCCAGGGAGGCUCAUCCCCAAGCCUCUGCUUGGACCAAGCCUUCUCUCUCUCCAUCUGCCACUGCAGCCUGGAGGCCCUGCCUCCACCCUCCCGAAUGGUGCUCCUCUUUGCAGGCCUCGGCCCAGGAUCCAGGCCCCCCUUGCUCCUUGCCUUGGAGCUGUUGCUCCUGACCCCUCUUCGUGGACUCCCAGUGGGGAGGGGAGAACUUCCGCACAGACCAGGCUUUAGUUCCAGGAACCUCACUGGCAGUUUGAGCCUCUGCCUCUAACCGAGUGUGAGGUUUUUUUCCUGUGUGCCCCCCUCCCCACACCUUUUCCUGCCUUUUGAGAACAGACACCCUGCUCCUUGCCAUCCAGAGCCCACGAAGCCUCAAGCUGGGGCCCUGGUCUCAGCAUGUCAGUCCUCUCUUGUGCAUAGGGCUCUGCCCUUUCCCGGCCAGUAUGGCUGAUUUCAGAAAGGCUCCAGGAGGACGAGAGACCCCACAAGGGGAACUGCGGCCAGAGGUGGUAGAGGAUGAAGUCCCUAGGAGCCCAGUCGCAGAGGAGCCUGGAGGAGGUGGAGGUGGCAGCAGUGAGUCCAAAUUGUCUCCAAGGGAGGAGGAAGAACUGGAUCCUAGAAUACAGGAGGAGCUGGAGCACCUGAACCAGGCCAGUGCGGAGAUCAACCAGGUGGAGCUGCAGCUAGACGAGGCCAGGACUACCUAUCGGAGGAUCCUUCAGGAGUCAGCAAGGAAGCUCAACACGCAGGGCUCCCACCUGGGGAGUUGUAUUGAGAAGGCCCGGCCCUACUACGAAGCCCGACGACUGGCUAAGGAGGCCCAGCAAGAAACACAGAAGGCAGCGCUGAGGUACGAGCGGGCCGUGAGCAUGCACAACGCCGCCCGCGAGAUGGUGUUCGUGGCUGAACAGGGAGUCAUGGCUGACAAGAACCGCCUGGACCCAACCUGGCAGGAGAUGCUCAACCAUGCUACCUGUAAGGUGAACGAGGCCGAGGAGGAGCGGCUUCGAGGAGAGCGGGAGCAUCAGCGAGUGACACGGCUGUGCCAGCAGGCGGAGGCUCGGGUCCAAGCCCUGCAGAAGACCCUCCGGCGAGCCAUUGGCAAGAGCCGUCCCUACUUUGAGCUCAAGGCCCAGUUCAGCCAAAUCCUGGAGGAACACAAGGCCAAGGUGACAGAGCUGGAGCAGCAAGUGGCGCAGGCCAAGACCCGCUACUCAGUCGCCUUGCGCAACCUGGAGCAGAUCAGCGAGCAGAUUCACGCCCGGCGCCGGGGCCUGCCGCCCCACCCGCUGGGCCCGCGGCGUUCCUCCCCUGUGGGGGCUGAAGCUGGCCCCGAGAGCAUGGAAGAUGGGGACAGCGGGAUUGAGGGGGCUGAAGGAGGGGCCCUGGAGGAGGGCGGCAGCCUGGGGCCGGGCCCCGGUCCCGACACCGACACGCUGAGCCUGCUCAGCCUGCGCACCGUGGCCUCUGACCUCCAGAAGUGUGACUCGGUGGAGCACCUGCGGGGCCUCUCCGACCAUGCCAGUCUGGAUGGCCAAGAGCUGGGACCCCAGAGUCGGGGUCGGCGGGGCAGUGAUGGUGGAGUCCGAGGCAGUCGCCACCAGCGCAGUGUCAGCUUGUAGCUCUGUGGCAAGGGUGCGGGCUUGACCUCCACCGCGGGCAGUUAGGGCCCCACAGGCCUCUCCUUCCCUCUGCUCUGGGGUCCUGUCUGCUGCAAGGGUCUUGGUCUCCAGUGCUUUCCGGGGAGGGGUCCGCUGCGUCCCAGUCCUGUCUGUCCUGCUUCCUCCCUCCCUCGCCUGUCCCCUCAGGAGGCAGCUCUCUCUUUGCCUUACCCACUUUGAAGGCUUGCUCCCUGCCCUCUCUUUCUCUCUCGUCCUAUUGGCUCUUCACAGGUUCUGAUCCCCUCUACUUUGCUCUUUUCUACCCGACUUCUGUCUGGCUUUCCCCCUCAGGGAACUUGUGGAAGACACAGGAGGCUCAUCCGAGGAAAUGAGUGCCCUGGUCUGAAUGAUUGGAUGGUUCCUCACCUGUUGAUCCCUGGCCCUGCCCAUCCCUGAAGGCAGCUCCCCAGGGUGCCCUAGGUAUCCUGCUAAGUCCUGUGGCCCUGUGCCCUUGUCCUUCUGUCCCAGCCUGCCUGUGAGUGCAGUGUAAGAAGUACUACGUGCCUCUGGAAGACACCACCUUUGUAAAUGCUCCCCCUUGUGACCAGAGCCUCUGCGCCCUUCAGCAGAACUUGGGUCC